CUGAGCUCUAUGGCUCAAUGUGUCUGCAGAAAUACCUUGAGACUGUAGGAGCCUCUGUCACACUAUUUCUGCACCUUUUUUUUUACACUUUUAGUCUUUGCAAAUCUUUUUUUUCUUCAAAGACAGUUUUAAGAUGAUUUCCUCUUCGCCGUUUCUUCUGCUGCUUCUCUCCGGAUGGGGUUUGCUCAGUUUUGUCUCGGGUUCCCCCGCUGUGGAGGAAGCUUACGAGGCUGUGGUGAGCAUCGUGUCUCCAGGACAGCAGUAUCUGACCGGGGAAUCCCUUCACUCCCUCUUUAAUACACUGGAGCACCGUGUGCACUGCGGCGAAGUGCCGUGUGAAAAGUGUGAUCUUGCAGAUGCCGUUCAUCAGCUCAUAGGCAAUCCCGACGUCCAAUAUGAGGAAGAAACGAGAAGAAACAGUGUAAAUGUGGCUGUCACUGUAUCUCAGUUCACGGCUCUCGCCUCCGGCUCCGUCCUUUACCUUUCUUCUCCUGGUCUGGUCUGCACAGCGAUAAAAACAGGAACAUGGGGAGAAGAGACUGAAAAAUUCCUGCACAAAUUCACACAUAAUGAUCCCCAUGAACACAAGAGUGAGGCAAACCAUGACCAUGAACACAUAGACGUCCAUGGAUUAGAAGGUGUCAUUCAAGAGCUUCGCAGCCACUACGACCCCACAGAAAGUGAGAACUGUAUAAGCGCUAGUGGCAUCAUGGCACAGGUCGACACAUCAUCAGGAGACCAGAAACAGGAAGUGGGUGCGGUUUUGGGAUAUGUGCUGAAUCACGCCCUGCAAGGUCACUGCUUCACUGAUCAGUCCCUGCCUGAUGAGAGCUUCUUCGUGAACUACAUCAUGGAGCAGCUCGGCUCAGAAAAUUUCACUAUCCUGGACCUAAAGGCUGUCAUGAAGAGCCUGAAUAUCGGACCUAGCUCCGAGGAAGACCAUGGACAUGAGCACACAGCAGAUGACCAUGAUGACAAUGUCCAGAGAUGGAGGAAGAGAAGCAGUGACAGUGUUGAGGGACGUGAAAGUAAUAACACUUGGGAACAGCGUUGUUUCUCAGCUGAAGAACUGGUCCAGAUCUACGGCCUGGCAGAGAAUAGCUCUGCCUCCUCUGGUCUGGGUCGGCCUGGCGUGAUUCAGCUCAGCCCUGCGCUUGUCCAGCAGAUCCUGAGCGGAGCCUGUGCAGAUAUUACAGAUCCAGAAAAACCUGAUGGGCUCUCCAAGGCUGAGAGAUACCUCUAUGCAACCAUCGCCAAUUUCCUGAUAACAGUGAUAUCCAUGUUUGGCAUUGUGGUGUUGCUGUGUGCCGCCUGUACCAGUGUUUUCCAGAUGUGCAUCCAGUUUUGCAUCAGCCUGGCAGUCGGUUCACUGACUGGAGAUGCCCUAUUGCACCUGAUGCCAACAUUUCUGGGUUUGCACGUGCACUCAGACAACGGUGGCAGCAGCGAACAUUCAAGUCACAGUCAUGAGGAGGAAACUCCGGACUACGUAUACAAGAUGCUGGUACUGAUUGCAGGGAUCUACUGCUUUUACCUGAUGGAAGUUUCCUUCUCUCUGAUCACAUAUGGUGAUAAGCAUAACGACCAUAAACAUCACCAUGGGGAAGAAUCUGAGCCUCACCACUGUGACCAUGGGAGAGUUUUAGAGAUGUAUCAACAGGAACAGAAACAAAAAGACACAAAGUCACAGUCCAUAUCCAAAGAAGACCUGGUUAGCUGUGAGGACAAUGAGAAACCGCUUCCAGAGCCAAAGGAGCGCACCAGAGAGCAGCGACUGCUGCCUUAUAUGAUUACGAUCGGUGACACGAUCCACAACUUUGCAGACGGCUUAGCGCUAGGUGCAGCUUUCGCCCUGUCCUGGAAGUCUGGUCUGGCCACGUCACUGGCUGUACUCUGCCAUGAGUUACCGCAUGAGCUCGGUGACUUUGCCAUUUUGCUCAACUGUGGCCUGUCUGUCCGCAAGGCCUUAGCUCUAAACAUCGCCAGCACCCUGACCUCGUUCAUCGGCAUGUACAUCGCUCUGUCUGUAGCCACUGACCUCGCUACCCAGCAGUGGAUAGGUGCCAUUACUGCAGGGCUCUUUCUAUACGUGGGACUCGCUGAUAUGCUGCCCACCAUGAUCCAUAUCAGCAACAAGAAACCCUGGCUGACAUUUCUGCUGCAGAAUGUCGGCCUUUUGGCAGGGUGGGGUAUUUUAUUGUUGUUGUCUCUUUAUGAGGAGAAGAUAAGUUUUUAAUGCACAGUCUGGCAAGUGAACGGUCUCUCUGAGAUCUUAUGAGAGUUUAUGAAUGUUGCUGACAGGUUGCUGUAAGACCUAGUUUAUACUUGAUUUCUUAAGGAAUUCCUAAUGAAGACACGGUGUACCAGACACACAAAACCCACUUGUGCAGUCUGCCAAGGUGAAGAGUGUCUCUGCAAACCAUUCGUUCCAGAGUAUUUAUUUUCUGUGCGAGGUAUUAGAAAAGAGAGCAGGUUUCAAUAUUGAAGAUCACAAGAAAUGUAGUACCACAGAUAACCCAGAGACCACAAUAACCCAUUAAAUUAUUUGAGUGUGUUUAGUUAAAAGUUCCUUUUAUUUGUUGCACUGAUAACGUUUCACUGACAGCAAAUACCAGAAUGUGCUGCUCUGCUGUAUUAGAUAGAUUUGUCCAAAAAUAUCACUUAGACACUUGAAAUGUAAACCAAAGGGAAAUGUAACAUUCAAGCAAACAUGUCUUUUUCUAAUUCUAGAUAAAAAAAUAAUAAUAUAAUUAUCUGGAUUUUUUUUUUUUUAUAAAAAUAAGUAAAAUGCUUUUUCUUUGUACCUUUUUAAUAAACUGAUAUAUUAUUACAUACUUAUUGUAGUGGUUUGGGAAUUUUAGGAUUUGUGAAAUCUUCCAAUAAAAUCUGGUUUAAGAGUGUCACACUGAGACAGCAUAUAAUGGGAAGUUAAAGAAGUAACCCACAAGAAUUCAACCAAAAAAAAGGAAAUCUCUCUGCUCUCUUCUGUUCUGCUACUCAAUCCCAAAACAUGCAGCCUCACUCGCAGUGGUCCACUUGCACAGCUAAAGAAAGGUGCUCUAUAGCCAAAAUACACAAAUAACCAAAGGUGGUACAGUGGUUAACACAGUAGGAAGGUGCUAGGCUUGAACCAAGCCAAUGGAUGGGGCCUAUUAAAUGUUCUCCCCAUGCCUGCAUGGUCACUCCACAGCCCACAGUGGUUCUAAAUUGCCUGUAGCUGUGAACAUAAACCAUAAUGUCUCGCUGGGUAACCCUCUGAUAGACUUGUGAUUUCACCAGGGUAUACUUCGCCUUUUUCCCUAUGACAGUUGUGAUAGGCUCCAGCUCUUAUCCACCCUGUAUUUUGUGAAAUUUGAGUUCAAAUUCUGCAUUUUGAUCUUUAACCUUUAAUAGAGCGUUCACCUGUGCUUUUGCAUUAGAUAACAAGUUGUAAGUGGAGAAGACAGGUUACGUCUUUAAUCUGCGUAAAGUCAUGGAGGUUAGGCGACAACUGCACUUUAUCUCGCUUUAUGCUCUAAUCUCCUAAACUUAGAGCUCAUAUGAACAUCCUCAUUAGGGACAAAGUCCACUGACAACACAUCACAUGCCGACACAGAAGGAUGUUUAUUACUUUACACUCCAUAUGUAUGCAUGUAAGCAUGCAGACUGUCUCAGACACGGUGACGUACAUGAUUGCAGCAGCUGAGGUUGUACGCUGACACUUUAAGAACACACUUUAAAAGCAAAUUAGAGAACUGCU